UACCAGAGGCCAGAAGAGAUCGAAGAUCAACCUCACAAAUUUGAGCAUUGCAAAUUUACAUACUAUUAUGGAUGAGAAAUGGAAGCUGCCAAAGAAGCACCAAGAAGGCACUUCGUCUUCUUCUUCUUCCAAGUUUGCAUUCACAAGGAGUUCAUCAACAAGAAGCCAGUCUUCAAAUGCUCCUCUUUUGAUGAGGAGCUAUUCACAGAAGAGCAAUGCCUCUAAUUCCAAGUGUCCACUUCCCAGAAGUACGUCACAGAAAAGCUCUAAAAUCAGCAGAAAGUGUAGCAGCCUUGCCAAGGAACAGAAGGCUAGAUUCUACAUCAUGAGAAGAUGUGUUGCUAUGCUUGUUUGUUGGCAUAAGCAUGGUGAUUAAUUAAUCUUGAUGGGAUUUCCCAAAUUAAUCCAUUAUUGUGUUAGUGCUAGAAAUUAAGCUAUCUCCCCUCUUUUAUUUCAUUCAUAUAUAAAUAUAUAAAUAUAUAUAUAUAUAUCAUCUUCCUGUGUGAUGGGACUCAUAGAUGUAUCAAAUUUUCUCCCAUCUGAUCAAGAGGAGACUGAUAACACAAAA